CAGAUUCUUCGUCACUUUCCUCAACUUGUAACUUAAGGAGGCAGUUUUAUUUUAAUUCAAUGCACAAGCCAGGUGAUGUGAUUUUAGGUGGACUGUUUGAAGUCCACUACACCUCUGUCUUUCCUGAACUGACUUUCACCUCAGAGCCAAAGCAGCCCAGCUGUCAAAGGUAAGUCUCAAACUCUCCAUGCAGAUAACAAACAUCUGAACAGAUAUAAAUCCUUUUUACUGACUGAUUAUAUUUUAUGUUAGUUUUGACCCUUUUGGGUUCAGGCAUGCUAUGACCAUGGCUUUUACCAUCGAUGAGAUCAACAGAAACUCCAACCUGCUUCCUAAUGUGACUCUGGGAUACAGUCUUUAUGACAACUGUGCAACACUGGUAAUUGGAUUCAGCGCUGCCUUGUCUUUGGCCAGCGGCAGAGAGAAACAGUUCAAGCUUCAACAAAACUGUUCAGGGUCUCCACCGGUCCUUGGAAUUGUGGGUGAUUCCUUCUCGACAUUUUCUAUCGCCACUUCUGAUGUGAUAGGAUUAUUCAAAUUACCCAUUGUAAGUUACCUUUUCUGUGUUUGGCUCUCUACAUGUUAGGUUUUAAAUGUUAAAAUGAUAGAGAUGGACAUGAAUGAAUGACAAAUUGAUGUGAUAUUUUGCAAUGGGGGAAUCAUAGGAAAGGUGAAAGUAUCUGAAUGUUUCUCUUGGUUCACACUGUGUAUUUCUUUCUAGGUGAGUUAUUUUGCCACAUGUUCCUGCCUGAGUGAUCGGCAACGCUUCCCAUCCUUCUUUAGAACAAUCCCAAGUGAUGCUUUCCAGGUUAAACUCUUUUUUUUAUUUUAUUUACUCUAAGCAAGCUUCUAUACAUCUCCUCUAUCAGGUACACUAACCCCUUAUUUUUCGUGUUAAAUUAGGUGCGUGCUGUGAUUCAGAUUCUCAAACACUUUGGCUGGACCUGGGCAGGUCUGCUGGUCAGUGACGACGACUAUGGACUCCAUGUUGCCCGAUCCUUUCAGUCAGAUUUACUUGAGUCUGGUGUAGGCUGUCUGGCCUACUCAGAGAUUUUGCCAUGGGGUGACAACCCAACUGAACUGAGGAGGAUUGUAGAAGUGAUGAAGAAAUCAACAGCUCAUGUGGUCAUCGUGUUUGCACAUCUGAUCCACAUGAUUCAGCUAAUGGAAGAGGUAUCUAUCUAUCUAUCUAUCUAUCCAUCUAUCCAUCUAUCCAUCUAUCCAUCUAUCCAUCCAUCCAUCCAUCCAUCCAUCCAUCCAUCCAGUAUUUUAUGCAGCAAAGCUUUAAGUUGCAACCCCAUAUUGCCUGUCCAGUUGUUCUCUACUGGUUGAAAUGAAUUUCACUGCUAUGAUCCCCAGACUUUUCAAAAGUUGUAGUAAUUCAGCCAUACAGGUAUACAGUGUUUCUUGUACUGAACAGGUGGUAAAGCAAAAUGUGACAGGCCUACAGUGGAUGUCCAGUGAAGCCUGGACAUCAGCGACUACGCUUCAGACCCCACUCUUCAUGCCGUACCUUGGAGGCACUCUGGGAAUUGCCAUCCGUCGAGGAGAGAUACCAGGACUCAGGGAAUUCCUCCAACAAACACGCCCUGAUUUCCAUGACGACAGCGGUGAUGAACGUAGCAUGGUAAGGUUAUAGGAUUGCAUUUAGAUGCAUCAUGGCAAUGACAGUUUCCUUUAGUUAAAACCAGCUUUGAUUUUAUUUCAGGUGAGGCAGUUUUGGGAGCACACAUUUCAUUGUAGAUUUGCUCCACCCCCGGGUUGGGUGGAAGAUGGUGGAAAAGUAUGCUCUCGAGAUGAAGACCUGGAAAAUAUGGAGACUGAGUUUUUGGAUGUUUCUAAUCUCAGGCCUGAGUACAAUAUUUACAAGGCUGUUUAUGCUUUGGCAUAUGCUCUCGAUGAUAUGCUGCGCUGUGUUCCUGGAAAAGGGCCUUUCAGAGGGCACAGCUGUGCAACUCUGCAGAAACUGGAGCCAUGGCAGGUGUGAGGACAGUUGAGAUCAUUUCUUCUCAAUUUAAGAUAUUAUAACUGUUGGAAAUGAAAUAAUUUGGGGUUAAUUAAUUGAUCCAUUUAUAAAUUAACCAAGUUCUCUUUACAUAGGACCAAAUCAUGAGAGAUAAGCCAGAUUAACAUGUGAACUGCCAAUGGCCUUAACAAUGAGUUCAAAGUAGUGGAUCUUUAAGCUUGUUUUUUGAUGUAGCAUAGACAAAGAACCAGCAGACUGCAAGCAAACUAGCUGUAGCAUCUCUCUCUGUAUAAUGAUUAAUCACAUUUACAAACUGAAAUUUCAAGAUUGAUUGUGGAUCCAAAAGAAGUGUCAAAGCUGGUACCUCCUUGGGUUUCCAAUUAAUGGAGAGUUUGUACUUUCUUGCCUUUAUUUUGGCUGUUUUCUUAAGUUCAUUCUUAAAAUAUAAAAUUAGUAGUACACUUCAAAAUAAAAGCAUAAUUUGACCAUGUAGGAAAUAAAGUGACCUAAACACAAGACAGAAAAAGGUAUUAAAGUGAAAGGCUGAUUUUUUAUGGCCACAAUUAUCAAUGUCAGAAUAUUUUUUCAGCAUUUCUUUUUUUGUUUGCAGCUUAUGCACUACUUGGAAAAAGUCAACUUCACCACACCAUUUGGAGAUCAAGUGUCAUUUGACGAGAAUGGAAAUGCAUUGCCAAUCUACGAUAUAAUGAAUUGGAGGUGGCUUUCUGAUGGAACAACAGAGCUGCAGAGUGUUGGCGAAGUUAAAAAGUCCAUCUUAAGAGGAGAAGAACUCACACUUCAUGAAAAUGAAAUAUUCUGGAACUUUGACUCAAAACAGGUCACUUCUGUUGAUAUAUUUUUUCUUUGCAGAGUCAAAUGAUAAGUACCUGUGAUAACUCUUGAAAUACUUACAGCCACCACGGUCAGUGUGCAGUGAGAGCUGUCUCCCAGGAACCCGCAUGGCCAGAAAAAAGGGGCAGCCUGUGUGCUGUUUUGACUGUGUCCCUUGUUCUGAGGGAAAGUUUAGCAAUGAAACAGGUAAGAUUACAUACACAAUAUACACGUGCAUUAUAACUGUUAAAUUCUGUCUAAAUAGCACAAGUAGCAGCUGUGGUUGGGGUGACCUGUCUUUACAUAUCCAAAACUUGCAGGACAGGUUGAAAAAUUUUCAAACUUUCCUUAAAGAGUUCCUUUGAGGAGAAAAUACUUAACAGGAUAAACCGCAACAAAAGGACCUUUUUUUUCUUUUUUUCUUUACAUAGACUCCAUGGAGUGCACCAGCUGUCCUGAGGACUUCUGGCCAGGGCCAAAGCGUGACCACUGUGUUCCCAAGAAAACUGAGUUUCUCUCUUAUCAUGAGCCUUUGGGUAUAUGCUUGACAGCUGCCUCAUUACUUGGCACAUUUGUCUGUGCUGUUGUCCUGGGGAUAUUCAUCCAUCAUCAGAAGACACCCAUGGUACGGGCUAACAAUAUUGAGCUGAGCUUCCUGCUCCUGGUGGCUCUAAAACUUUGUUUCCUCUGCUCACUGCUGUUUAUUGGUCGGCCCAGACUGUGGACAUGCCAGCUGAGACAUGCUGCAUUUGGGAUCAGCUUUGUUCUUUGUGUCUCAUGUAUUCUGGUCAAAACCAUGGUUGUCAUUGCUGUGUUCAAGGCCUCCAAACCAGGAGGUGGAGCUGUUCUCAAGUGGUUUGGUGCUGUCCAACAAAGAGGAACUGUCAUUGCCCUCACUUUAAUCCAAGCAGCAAUCUGCACUGUCUGGAUAGUCUCCUCUUCACCAGCUCCUCAUAAAAACACCCAAUACUACAAUGACAAGAUAGUUUAUGAAUGUGUCGUCGGGUCCACUGUUGCCUUUGCAGUUUUACUCGGCUAUAUUGGCCUUCUAGCGACCCUCAGCUUCCUGUUAGCAUUUCUUGCAAGAAAUCUUCCUGACAACUUCAAUGAGGCCAAACUCAUCACUUUCAGCAUGCUGAUCUUCUGUGCUGUGUGGGUGGCUUUUGUUCCUGCUUAUAUAAACUCUCCGGGGAAAUAUGCAGACGCUGUGGAGGUAUUUGCCAUCCUGGCCUCCAGUUUUGGUAUCUUGGUGGCACUGUUUGGGCCUAAAUGUUAUUUAAUCCUGCUGAGACCAGAGAGGAACACAAAGAAAGCAAUCAUGAGUCGAGGAACCUUCAACUGAUCAGAAUCUUAGCCUGACUGGACUGGCCCAUUAUUUGCCUGUUCUUCAGUAGAUACAGUAUCAAUGAGAGUCGAAAUUAACUGCCUACACCUGUCUUCUUUAUCAGAUUAGAAAUAAAAGUAUUUUUUCUUUUGUUGUUGUGUGCACAUUAUCUUCAGUGGUGUGUUGUUUAAAGACAAUAUAAUUACUACGCACAAUUGUUUGCUUGUUGUUUGCUUUUGUACGUACUCUGGAUCCUUUUAUAACAAUAUGUAGUUUUUGUUGAAUCUUUGUUUGCUGGUUAGCUUCCUGUAUAAAUGGCAGGUCGAAACAGGACACUGAAUUAAUUACUCUAACUCAGGUCACAUGUGAAAGAGUCUCGUGUGCUUGCCUUUGGCUUGGGAGGAUAUCUAAUUUUAAAACACAAUUUUGAUAUUUGACUGAGUAUCAAUGUCCAUUGAUAAUCCAAUGGCCACUAAUUUAUUCCACUCAUUAAGAUUCACCACCAAAAAUGUCUGGCAUCGAACUGAAGUCCUCUGUCCACUCAUCAAUAUCGUACAGAUCCUCCCAAUAAAGGAGCACUGUCCUCUGCCUCCAUGAACAACCAUCCUGUUAUAGGAAUAAACAGAUAUAUUAGCAAGAAUAACAAAACAAUAAUAAAACUCAGUG